AUGUCUGGCCUCGUCUCCGACGAAAUCGCAGAGGACUACAAGAGUUCGCUGGAAGAUCUAACAUCCAAUGAUGGCAUCCAGAUCCGGACCCUGACGGUCAUCGCCAAGGAGAAUACCGAACACGCCAUGGCCAUCUCCCGAGUCCUGGAGAAUCACAUCCGAUCAACACCACCGCAGCAGAAACUUCCGGCUCUGUAUGUAGCAGACUCCAUCGCCAAGAAUGUCGGAAGUCCCUAUACGCUGUUCCUGGGUCGCAACAUGUACCAGACCUUCAUGAAUGUCUACACCCUGGUCGACAGCAACACUCGACGAAAGCUGGAUGAGAUGCUCAAUACCUGGAAGCAACCGGCCCCCGGAUCGCUCGACACCCGCCCCGUCUUUCCUCCGGAUAUCACCCGAAACAUUGAAAGCGCCUUGAUCAAAGCCCGCACGGCAGCCCUGCAGCACCAACAGGCUCGCCCACAACCAGAGAUCAACCGUGGCCGCGCCAAUGGGACGCCGACGGGAUGGUCCAGUACUACACACGGGGCGCGGAAUCAACAAAAUCCAUACCCGGGCCAUUCGACAUCAACCCCUCCCCCGAAUCAGCGUCAGGAUAUCGACUUGCAUCACCUCAACCGAGACGUGGAUGGCCUCAUUGCGGCAGCCAAGAUCGACUUUGCGAAUAGUCCUUUCAAUCCCGCUUGCCAGCAACGCCUGAAAGCGUUGGUGGACCUCCAAGCAAUUCUACAGCGGCAGCAACUCAGCCAAGACCAGCUGCAACUGGUCCGCAAUCAAGUCUCUCAGCUUGCGGCCUCGAGGCCUCCAUCCGCGGCCCCCAAUCCCGUGGCAAGUGCGCCGGUCGUGCCUCAAAUGUCCACCCCUCCAGCUCAGUCGGCUCAACUGGCCCAACCAGUCUCACAGCCGCUCCAACAAUUACUCAACCCGGGUACCCUUGCCGAGCUCAUCAAAGCCACCGCCUCACGCCAGCAACCCACCCCACCGCCUGCAAUGCCCCUCCCGCUGCCGCAGAUGCCGCAGAUCCCCCAACAGAGCAGCACUCCACAGCCCGAAAAUCCCUUGAUUGCGGCUUUGAGGGCUCGUGGGCUUCUGCCCUCGGGUCCAGCACCCCCAUCCCUUACUCCCUCCGCCUCUUCGACCCCAGUGCCCGGCACAGCUACCUUGCCAUACUUCAUGUCUAAUGGGGCUCACCCGCCUCAAUCCUUGAACCAGGCUGCCAACACCUCUGGAGUUCCUAUGACCACGGCAUCCAUGAAAAUCCCUCGGUUCGGACUCGUUGUCUCUCUGUAUGACUCGCGGCCUAACAGGUGUGGAACAUGCGGUCGUAGAUUCUUUGCUACCGAGAAAGGCAAGGAAAUGAAGGCUCGCCAUCUAGACUGGCAUUUCAAGACCAAUCAACGUAUGACCGAAUCUUCCAGGCGUGCUCAGAAUCGUAGUUGGUAUGUCGACGAAAGGGAUUGGAUCAAAUCCCGUGAGGCUGGUGACGAGAACGGCGCCACCGAUCCCCAAGCCACCGCAGAGGGAGCCGCCGGCGAUGAAAGUGCCAAACAGGAACCCUCCAAGCCAUGGAUUCGCGCCCCCAACGAUGCGACCCUCCGCAACACCCCGUGUCCCAUCUGCCAGGAGAAGUUUGAAUCGACCUGGUCCGAGGAUGUCCAGGACUGGAUCUGGCAAGACGCCACCAAGGUUGGCCCUCGCAUGUAUCAUGCGAGCUGCUACGCUGAAGUCACCAAAGGCCCUGCUCCGGCUCGUCAGACCCGGACUAGCACGCCCGACUCGGUCCUCGGCAAGCGUAAGGCUGAACCACCGGCUGGAUCGCCGAAAGUAAGAUCUAUAUACAUGUCCAAACAAACAUCAAUUGACUCGUCAGCGUUCACCAAGGACCUUCUCAUCGAUCCCAGUGUCCGUGAUGCUUCGGAUGUCGCCCACCAGAUUGUGGCUGUCGCUUCGUCCUCGUCCAAGGCCAAGGCUGAGCAGUUCAUCGCAGCUCGCGGCAUCAACACUGCUUGCUCUGCAUAUGGUGACUACGAGGCUCUCGUGGCUGAUCCCAAUGUCGAUGUUAUCUACGUCGCAACUCCACACUCGCACCACUAUCAGAAUGUGAGGCUGGCCCUAGAGGCUGGCAAGCAUGUGCUCUGCGAGAAGGCAUUCACCGUCAAUGCCGCGCAGACUAAGAUUCUCAUCGACAUUGCCCGCAAGAAGAAUCUUUUCCUCAUGGAAGCUGUCUGGACUCGCUAUUUCCCGCUGAGUAUUCAAAUCCGGGAGCUCAUCCAGAGAGGUGAGAUCGGUGAAGUCCUCCGUGUCCUUGCCGAUACGAGCUUCGGCGAUGAUGUGGAGGAGAAAUGGGGAACCACCCACCGCAUGGUGAACCCGGACCUGGCAGGUGGUGCCCUCUUGGACUUGGGUAUUUACUCUUUGACCUGGGUCUUCCAGACUCUCUAUCACACCCUCCCCAAGGAGCAAAGGAAGCCUCCCACCGUUUCCUCGCAGAUGACUCCAUACCACCUCACCGGGGCGGAUGAGUCCACCACCGUGCUCCUCAACUUCCCCACGAGCACCCCUUCCAAUGGCCCACAUCCUCACCAGUCGCAUGGUGUCGCCAUGACCAACAUUCGUGUCUCUGCCGAUCCCGAUGAGAAGGGCUCUUCGGGCCCUUCCAUCCGGAUUCAGGGCAUCAAGGGCGAGAUCCAGGUGUAUGGCCCGCCGUUCCGCCCAGAGCGGUACCGGAUCAUCCCGAAGAAGGGCGCGGGUGAGAUCCGUGAGGUUCAAGGCUCAUUCCCGGGCAAGGGUCAUGGGAUGUACUGGGAGGCCGAUGAAGUUGCCCGGUGCCUCCGAGAUGGUAAGCUCGAGAGUGAGGGCAUGCCAUGGGAAGAGAGCAUCGUCAUCAUGGAGGUUAUGGAUGAGGUCCGAAAGCAGGGCGGUCUGACCUAUCCUCAACAGAUCGAGUCGACUGACUAUCCCUUGCAGUUAUAG